CUAAUCAACUAAAUGGUUUGAAUAAUAAGCUUGUCUCCCAAAUUACUUGCGAACAAAAGUCUCAUGCCAAUUAUAAUGCCAAGCAGUUAAAAGAAAUAGAAUCGUUAAAGUCUACGGUUAAAUCACUGGAAAGCAUAAUAUCUUCAAUACAAAAAGCUUCAUCUUUGAAGGAUUCUGAUAUCAUCUCUCUUGAAAAUUCUGAUGACAACCAGUUGCAUAAUAAUUCUUUUCUUGAGAUUAAGGUAAAAGAAUUGGAAAAUGAAAAGGAGCAAGUUACGCAAAAUUCAUCAUUCAAGGAUGGGUUAAUUUUCUGUCUCAGGUCUAGGGUAAGGGAUCUGGAAGAUGAACUAGAUCAGAUCGUUUUGCAACCACAUCAGUUAAUUAAUGAUUUAAAAAUAGGUAGUGCAGAAGCAGAUCCAGUUUCAUCAUCCAAUGAUUAUGCUUUAGCGCCUUUAGCUAAGCGAGGUAAAACAGUAGAAGAGGUAUCCUAUUUUCUUCACACUGCUCAGAGUCUGAAUCUGAUGAAAGCAAAGUAA